AGUUCAUUUAUGGCUCUUGCAUUCAAAGUUGAUCCGGAUUUUUCCAAUGUCGUUGACGAAGCGCUUUAUGCAAUUCAAACAAUAUAUGAAUUUGCAAGAAAAGGAAUUUACCCAAUAAAUGUUGUUUUUUUCACAAUUCUUGAUACUCCUGGAUGGGAAGAUUAUGCAUCAGUAAUGGCGCAAAGAUAUUUUGAUAAGUACAAAUCAAUACCUCAGUGGGCAAGGGAAUGGGAGUUUAUUCCAAAUGUGAAACCUUAUAUUGCGGAUGUUAUAUCAGAUCGAAUUAAACAAUUCGAGAAAGUACGCGCAAA